AUGAGUCUUCAGUUGUUGGACCGUGCUCAGCUGAGCCUGCUGGUGGCUGUGUCUGGUGUUCCAGUGACCGGACUGGUGCGACCCGGCACCCUGGUGGCGAUGCUGGGGGGCAGCGGCGCCGGCAAGACGACGCUCAUGGCGGCGCUGGCUCACCGCUCACCAGCGGGCACGCUGGUGGACGGCGACAUCCGCGUGAACGGUCAGCCGGUGGGUCCCGGCAUGCGGCGCCUCAGCGGCUACAUGCACCAGCACGAGCUCUUCGUCGGCAGCCUCACCGUACGCGAGCACCUCACGCUCAUGGCGCGGCUGAAGAUGGACCGCCGGACGCACAGCAGCACCCGCGAGCGGCAGCUGCAGCAGCUGCUGGCGCAGCUGGGGCUGGAGGACCGUGCCGACGCGCGCAUCGACGGCGCCCUGUCCGGCGGCGAGCGGAAGAGGCUCGCCUUCGCGGCAGAGCUGAUGACCGACCCGCUGCUGCUGUUCUGCGACGAGCCGACCACCGGCCUGGACUCCUUCUCGGCGCAGAAGCUGGUGCACAUGCUGCGCCAGAUGGCCGACCAGGGCCGCACCGUGCUCUGCACCAUCCACCAGCCGUCCAGCGAGGUGCUCGACCUCUUCCACGAGGUCAUCCUGCUCGCCGACGGGCGGGUCGCCUUCGCGGGCGAGCUGUCUGCCGCGCUGUCCUUCUUCAGCAGCCUGGGGCUGGAGUGCCCGCCGCGCUACAACCCGGCCGACUUCUUGGUGUGCGCCGUGUCGGGCGGCCCCGGCCGGGACGACGCCGCGCGCCGCCUGUGCGACCAGUUCGCCGCCAGCAACGCCGCCGCCCAGCUGCUGGCCGACGUCCGCCUCGAGGAGCUGCCGCCGGGGCUAGGCCGCUCCGAGCCCUGCCUGCUGGUCGAAGACACGGAGAUACUUGGAGAGACGUCGGAAAAGUUCAAGGCGCCCUUCUUCACGACGUCGCUGCUGUGGCUGACGUGGCGCUACUUCCUGCACGCCAUCAGGGACCCCACCGUGCAGAACCUGCGCAUCCUGCAGAAGAUCGCGAUCGCGGCCAUGGCGGGCCUGUGCUACCUGGGCACGGAGGCGCGCACGCAGCUGGGCGUGCAGUCGGUGCAGGGCGCGCUCUUCAUCGUGGUGGCCGAGAACACCUUCUCGCCCAUGUACGCCGCGCUGGCCGCCAUCCCGCAGGAGCUGCCGCUGCUCAGGAGGGAGUACCGCAGCGGCCUCUACUCGCCGCCCACCUACUACGUCGCCAGGCUGCUCGCCGCGCUGCCGGGCCUGCUGGUGGAGCCGGUGCUGUUCGUGCUGACCGCCUACUGGCUGGUGGGGCUGCGCGACUCGUGGCACGCCGUCGCCAUGACGCUGCUCGUCGUCACGCUGGCGCUCAACGUCUCCACCGCCUGCGGCUGCUUCUUCGGUUCGGCUUUCGACUCGGUGUCUACAGCGAUGGCGUAUCUGGUGCCUUUCGACUACGUGCUCAUGAUCAUGUCUGGGCUCUUCGUAAACCUCAGCACGCUGCCCGUGGCGGUCGAGUGGCUGCAGUACCUGUCCUGGCUCAUGUACGCCAACGAGGCGCUCUCCGUCGUCCAGUGGGAAGGCGUCACCAACAUCACCUGCGACGGAGCGCCGGAGGGCGUGCCCUGCCUGAGGUCGGGCCGCGAGGUGCUGGACAAGUACAACUUCUCGGCGGACCGCCUCUCCAGCGACCUGGCGUGCAUGGCCGGGCUGUGGGGCGGCUUCCACCUGCUGGCCAUCGUCUGCCUCUGGGUGCGCGUCCGCUCCAACUGACCGCCGUGCUGAGGCACUGGUGGAAAAACGGACUGCCUACGACGGUUCACACGCGCCGUUCCUGUUUUGCCUCUCGUGGUUGCCACACUGCUAGCGGUUGGGGUCUGCCACGCAGAAGCCAGAGUCUGGAACCGCCGUCAUCGACUACAGACUGUCACAUAUGUGCCAAAUUCUACGACAG